UUGAAAAAUCGGAAGGAUUGUUUUCUUUUUUAGACAGGAACCAAGUCUACUGUUAUUAUCCGUUAUCUGGUUAAAAUAACUUACCAUUUAAGAUUAAAAUAGUAAUACUCAAUUGGUGGUAGCUUUUGAUAUUUCAUGAUUUGGUAUUUUUUGUUGAAUCGUGGUAUUGUUUUUUUAACAAGCUACCGUCGCUGGCUGAGUUUACCGAUGCCACAUUGCCCAGGCUAGUGACUGUUACAGUAGGUUAAUACCGCGGUUAGCUACAGAGCUAACAGAUUCCCGGCAGCAUCUCCAGACAUAAAGAAAAAGCUCCUAAUCAAUCAACUGAUCCUGGUACAUUUAGCUAACGUUACCUUUGCUUGCUUUCAGAUGAGCUAGCAAUUAGCUUGCUAGCCUAAAACAAAUCGUAUGGGGUGUUGAUUUGGAAGCUAGGAAGCUUAACUAGCAAGUUAUAUCCCCCUCAUGGCAUAUACUUUUACGCCCUACUGACUUGAAUUCCUUGGAGGAGGAGGGUUGGCUGAUUGCCUCUGUGUGGUGUGCAGCUAGCUAGUUAAAAACAAUGGCUGGUAUUCAUGCUGAAUGAAGCAAGACAUGGGACCCUGCUGCUGGACUUUAGCUGAAACCCCUGGAGGAAAGACAACGGCGGACCUGCCUUGUUGUGAUCCGACUCUGAGAUGAUUUGGUUAAGAAGAACAGCCCUCAGCAGCAGCAGCGUCCCCAGUCGAUUCAACCCGCACUGAAAAGAAGGUGUCCCCUCCCGUAUGGACGUGUGUAAACCCAACCCCAACCGUACGGUCCCAGUGAGUGAGGCUGGGCCCCGGCGGGACCUGCCUCUGUGCUCCAGGACCAACGGGUGGAGCUGGCCUCCACACCCCUUCCAGCUCCUGGCAUGGCUCCUCUACCUCUUCUUCGCUGUCACCGGGUUUGGAGUGUUUGUCCCCUUGCUUCCCUCCCACUGGAUCCCUGCUGGCUACAUCUGCACGGGCAUCAUGUUUGUGUGUCACCUGUUCGUCCACCUGAUGGCGGUUUCCAUCGACCCCGCGGACUACAACGUCAGGGCCAAGAGCUACCGCGGCCCCGUGCCCGUUUUCGACCGCACCAAACAUGCCCACGUCAUCGAGAACUGCCACUGCUACCUCUGUGAAGUAGACGUGGGCCCCAAAUCCAAACACUGCAGUGCCUGUAACAAGUGUGUCGCUAGUUUUGACCAUCACUGCAGGUGGCUCAACAACUGUGUCGGGAGCCGGAAUUACUGGCUCUUCCUGAACAGUGUGAUCUCUGCUCUGCUGGGUAUAUGCCUGGUGGUGGUCAUCGCCAGUUACAUCUUCAUCGAGUUCUUCUUGGAUCCCUCAAAGCUGCGCACUGACAAACACUUCCAAGUGAAGAAUGUCCCUGCCUUGUCCCCCCUCACAGUGAGGAAUGAGACGGUGGUGUGGUUUGUUUUCCUGCCCGUGGCUCCGGUCUCCACAGCGGGCCCAGCCAUCCCUACCCUGGCUGGCCUCACCAUCGCCCUGGGCCUGCUCUCUGGUCUGCUGCUGGGGCAUCUGCUCUGCUUCCACUUCUACCUCAUGUGGAACCGUCUGAAUACCUAUGAGUACAUCGUCAGACAGAGGCAUCGCCAGGAGCCCAGAGACAUCAGUAAAGGAGUACAGGGGACCCAAGCAGCGCCUCCUAAAUCCAACCUCAUCAAGGAUGUAAGCUACUCAGGGACUCUGGGCUAUACCAACCCUGAGAUGGAGGUGGAGGAUCCUACCACCAUGGCUGCAGCGCGGGGGGGGCUAGAGUACUAUGGCAACGGCAGAGUUCAUAGUUCAUCCAGCAGGAUGGUUGAAGAGGAGCAGUUACACACCGUCUCUACUGAGCACAGAGCUGCACCACGGAAACACGUCCAGAAGAAAAAGAAGAAAGUCCACAAAGUGCCAGCGGAGGUGAUCAACGACCGUUCCACUGAGACCAGCAGCAACAGAGACCCAGCCUUCAACACUACAGAACCUGUAGACUCCUGCAGUGUAACUCCAGUCCCCACAUCCGUGUCCCACCUGUCCAGCUCCCUGAACCAGCACCUCUCCUUCCCCCUGCGGGCCUCCCAGCCCCCCACUAGCUCCCUACAUCCUGGUCUCCAACCUGACCCCGUGCUGCCCGCCGGGCCCCCUGCUGAGUAUCACUCUGACUCUGCAGAGUCCCUGGAGGAGAUCCCCGUGGCGUUGGCACGACUGGGCACCUCCGCCGCGGCAGGAACGUCUACGGGUAGGACUGCAGCGUCUUCUCAACGCUCUCUACUGCUAACUGCAGCCCGACCCCAUCCCUCGCCCCAGCCCCGGACCAAGAGGAAGUCCUCCGCACACAGCAGCAGGACAGGGGGAGGGGGGGAGCAGAGGUUUGAGAUGGCUGCCCAGCCUCCUACGGUCUACGUCAGUAGGAGUAGUGGACAGCCGGGGGGAGGAGCCCAGCACCGGGACAACAAACACAGCAGCAGACAGGCCAGUAGGAGAGGCCUGGAGCAGCCUGGUCCUGGGUCCAGCUCCAACCAUAGCUCCAGGGCAGGCACCCCAAUGGCGUAGACUAGCUCCCCCAGGAUGGGCCACUGCACACUGGGCCCCAGGAUGGACCACUACACCCUGGGCUGGAGGGCUGGCUGGCUGUCUGACUGGUUGGCUGGCUGGCUGACUAGCUGGCUGACUGUCUGACUGACUGACUGACUGUCUGACUGACUGUCUGUUCUGCCUGGAAGAGCCUUGAUACCACAGUCUCCACUAUUCAACUAUGACUACAUCCCCAAUGGCACCCUGUUCCCUAUACAGUACACUACUUUAGACCAGAGCCCAAUGGCACCCUGUUCCCUAUGUAGUGCACUACUUUAGACCAGGACCCAAUGGCACCCUGUUCCCUAUAUAG